AUCAUGAACUUGAUUGACUUAGGGACAAAAUUACAGGAAUUGGAUAUGACAGUAGAUGAAGAUAUGAUGGUCCAUUUUGCACUAAAUUCAUUGCCUAAAGAAUUUAAAUCUCUCAAGGAAACCUAUAUUGCUCAGAAGGAGAACUGGACUUUGAAUGAUCUUAUUACUAUUUCUGUCCAACAAGAGCACAACAUCAUAAGAGAAAGGGGAGCCAAAAUGGUCAACAUGGUUCAGACUAAACAGAACAAGGAAAAUAAGUAUAAGACUGCAACUGGGAAAGAAAAAGAGAGCAUUACAGAAAAGGCUUUAAAACCUACAACUGGAUUGGGUUGUUUCUUUUGCAAGAAAGCUGGGCAUAUGAAAAGAGACUGCAGGAAAUACAAAAGGUGGCUGGAAAAGAAGAAGGGAAAAGGAGUUUACAAGCAAGAGGCUGCCAAGCAAGGAUGAAGUGAAGGUGUUCGUGGGAAAUGGAGAAGAAGUCCAAGUUAAUUACAUAGGGACAGUUAGAAUCAAGCUAGAAUUUGGUUUUGUUUUGGAAUUAGAUGAAGUAGUUUAUGUUCCUUCUAUGAAGAAGAGUUUGAUUUCAGUUACUAGACUUGUAAAAUCAAAGUUCAGUUUGAAUUUUGAUGGAACUGGUUGUUCUAUUUUCAGAAAUAAAGAUUUAGUUGGCAAAGCAAGUCUCAUUGAUGGAAUGUUUCGGUUAAACUGUAAAAGAACUGAAAUGGAAAUAAACAUUGUGCA